AUGACAGGCACGUUGAAAGAAUGGUACCAUAAUCUUGAUAGCUUCAAAGAAGACGAAUUACACAGAUUGGUGAAUACUACUGCUGUCCUUGAAAUUCUCCACAACGAAUUCAUUGGUGAUAUGGAGAUAUUUGAUAAGAAAAGCAGACAAGAGUUCUUUGAGAUGAGAUGUUGUUCCCUUAAAGUCAAAGAUCUUGAAAGACAUUAUCAAAGAAUGACCCAUAGGUAUUAUGUCAUCAAUGGAUUUAAUGAUCAUAGUCUAAAGAAUACAUUUAUCUCCUCACUGCCUCAAGAACUCCAGCUAGAAAUCCAUAGAAUGAUAGUAGCCGCUCAAAAAGAUAUUAAAGCCUUGAGUCUCGGCCAGAUACAUCAAAUAACACUAGAAGCACUUGAGAAGCUAUGUAGAUUGCACCAGCAUUUCUCAGAAAUUGUACAACAAAAAUCCAAAUUCACCAAGGCAUGCAAGAAGCCUUGCCUGGAAAUCAAGUGCAAAGAUAAAAAAUGCAUUUGUUCAAUAGGAAAGAAACAUCAUCGGCAAAAAUACACCAAACCUUCUAGGAUCUUCAAGAAGGUAAGGAAAAGGAAGGCUUUGAAGUUCUUCAAAAGGAAGCCGUUUAGGGGAAAAAAGGAAAAUCAAAUGUGUUUUGUUUGUGGAGAAAAUGGACAUUUUUCUAAGAGAUGUCCUAACAAGACCAACAAAGCCGCCAAGUUGAUCAACUCCCUCCAACCUCUAGAAGAUGAUCUAGAAUCCUUGUAUUCUGAACAAAACUCUACUGAUGAAGAAACAAUUUUCGCUCUUCAAAACUCCUCCUCAGAUAACUCUUCUUCAGACGAAGCAUCGUUCGUUGAAUCAGAAGAUGAUUGA